ACUUCGGAGGACAAGAAAUGCUGGGAUCUGGGUGGUGGUGGCAGAACUAGCUGGGGACUAGAUCUAGAAGCUCUUGCGAGGAGGACGGCUUGGGUGAUCCAGGAGGGUGUGGACGUGUCUGGUGUGGGAUGCAGUGGAAAGGAAGGGCCAAACCACAAAUCCCGAGUAGAUCUGUGGAUGGUUCCUCAGAGGCGUUCUCUUUCCGGUUGUCCUUUUAUUUGGCAACACAAGAGUCCUCAUGGUCUGUGUUCAAGUUCUUGGAAAUCUGUCUUUGGGUGAAUUUAACCUGCAUUAUAGGACUGCCCAGGGCCUUUUCUGAUACUGGGUACAUACGUGCGAAACAUGUCAGAAAACAGGAAGCCGCUUCUGGGUUUCGUGCACAAACUCCAAGAUGCGAGUGCAUCUGGGAGCUCAGGCAAGACUCACUGUCCUUCAUGUCUGAGACUUUUCAAAGUCCCCAGGCUCUUGCCUUGCUUGCACACGGUGUGCACCUCGUGUCUGGAAAAGCUGGAUCCGUUCUCAGUAGUGGACAUCCGAGGGGGUGACUCAGACACAAGCUCUGAGGGCUCGAUAUUCCAGGAACCCAAGCUAUGCAGCCUGCAGCCACAGAUCGGCAUCCUCUGUCCGGUAUGUGAUGCUCAAGUGGACCUGCCCUUGGGUGGAGUGAAGGCUUUAACGAUAGACCACCUGGCCGUGAAUGAUGUGAUGCUGGAGAGUCUGCGUGGGGAAGGCCAGGGCCUGGUGUGUGACCUGUGCAGCGACAGAGAAGUAGAGAAGAGGUGUCAGACCUGCAAAGCCAAUCUCUGCCACUUCUGCUGCCAGGCUCAUAGGAGACAGAAGAAGACAACGUAUCAUACCAUGGUGGACCUGAAAGACCUGAAAGGCUACAGUCGGGUGGGAAAGCCCAUCCUAUGUCCUUCACACCCUUCGGAGGAGCUGAGGCUGUUCUGUGAACUCUGCGACCGGCCGGUGUGUCGGGACUGCGUGGUCGGGGAGCACCGAGAGCACCCCUACGACUUUACCAGCAACGUCAUCCACAAGCAUGGCGAUUCUGUGCGGGAGCUGCUUCGGGACACGCAGCCCCACGUGGAGGCCCUGGAAGACGCGCUGGCUCAGAUCAAAAACGUGAACAAGGCCCUCCAAGAGCAAGUGGAGGCAGUGGCGGCUGACGUCCAGACGUUCUCUGAGGGCUACAUCAAAGCCAUCAAGGAACAUCGGGACAGGCUGCUCCAGCAGCUGGAUGACAUCCGGGUCCAGAAGGAAAACGCCCUACAGCUGCAGAAAGCGCAGCUGGAACAGCUGCUGGCAGACAUGCGGACCGGAGUGGACUUCACUGAGCACCUGCUGACCAGCGGCUCAGACUUGGAGAUCCUCAUCACCAAGGGCGUGGUUGUGGAAAGGCUCAGGAAGCUGAAUAAGGUUGAAUACAGCGCCCGCCCAGGAGUGAACCACAAGAUCUGCUUCUCCCCUCAGGAGAAGGCAGGCCAGUGCCAAGGCUAUCAAGUGUAUGGGGCCAUUAACACGCAGGAAGUUGAUCCAGCGCAGUGUGUCCUUCAGGGAGAAGAUCUCCAUAGAGCUCGAGAGAAGCAGACAGCCUCUUUUACCUUGUUCUGUAAGGAUGCCUCAGGAGAGAGCAUGGGCAGGGGAGGAGAUAAUGUCCAUGUGGAAAUCAUCCCUAAAGAUAAGAAGGACAGUCCAAUCAGAACAGUGGUCCAGGACAACAAGGAUGGAUCAUACCAUGUUUCCUACACCCCCAAGGAGCCUGGGGUCUACACUGUGUGGGUGUGCAUCAGAGAGCAGCACGUGCAGGGCUCGCCGUUCAAUGUGACCGUGAGGAGGAAGCAUCGGCCACAUCCAGGUGUGUUUCACUGCUGUACCUUCUGUUCCAGCGGAGGCCAGAAAACCGCACGCUGUGCCUGUGGAGGUACCAUGCCAGGUGGGUACCUUGGCUGUGGCCAUGGACACAAAGGCCACCCGGGCCGUCCACACUGGUCUUGCUGUGGGAAGUUCACUGAGAAGUCCGAGUGCUCGUACACGAGUGGGCAGAGCGCCCCGAGGAGUCUGCUUAGGACUGUGGCACUCUGAUGCUUCCUGGGGACAAGUCGGGCCAGGUAAACCUGAAGCUAGCAAGACUUCAGAUAUGCAGAGAACCCAGAGCUGGAGUAGUUCCAAAGAGACUGACAGAAUUAAAGAUAGAGUGCUUUCUCUAA